AUGAACCUUCCAAGCGCCGAGAAGAUGCAAUGGGAUCCCUUGUCUGAUGAGGAGCUGAAGUUCUGCUGGCAGUGUUUGGUGGAUCAGGGGCAGCUAACGACCUCGAAACUGCAGAAGUUCAUGUUGGAGGUCACUGGAGAUGAACUCACAGCCAUUCAGGCCACAGAUUUGUUGGGAUACUUGGAUGCUACUGGAGAUGGUCGGGUUGGCAUGGAAGAGUUUCGGCAUUUCAUGUCCACCAGUGAGCUGGACAUGACGGACGUGCAGACCUUUCUCUGGUCGCCCACCAAGAGCUUUCGCGAGCGCCUGGGCUUGGUGCGUGUAGCACUGAGUGAGAAGGCACCAGAUCCAGGCAAAGUUGAGGAGCAGCCGCACCCCUGGGACGGCCUCUUUCUUGAGGCUGAGGAUCCUCCAACGGAAUUCUCCAAGAUCAUGGAUUCAAAUCGUGAGAGAAGGAACAGCGGUGGAAAGAAAGCAAGCCCGUCCGUCCACCAGCGGUGGAGGAGGCUCCUCCAGAGGAAGCUGAAACUGUCAACGAAUCCCGGCCGUCACGAGCGUCUCCCCCCAAGCAGUUGGAUGAGAAGACCUUGGCCAGAAUCGCGUUGA